CCGCUAAGCUACAGGGCCGGCCCCCAUUGAUUCUUUCCUGUAUAAUAAUUCUUAAACUGCAUACAUGCUUUAUACUGCCUGUAUCAAUAUGAUAUAUUUUAUAAUAAAUCAACAAAAAAUAUUGAGAAGACUCUUUAUAUACUGACAUUCAUUCAUCCAGAAUAAAACAAAAACAAACUCUGAGUAAAAUUGGAAUUGAAGGAAACUAUUAAGACAUCUUAAAGCCUGUUUGCCAAACAUGAACAGCAACCAUCAACCUAAGCGAUCCCUUGCUCUGUAGCAUUUCUCUUCCAAGGUGGGGAGACAGGAGUGCUUGCUGUGCCCACUCCUGUGCCACUUAAUUCUGGCGGCUGCUGCCAAUGCAGUGAGAUGGGAGAACAAGGCAGGCUGAAUAGUAGAAUAAAAGACAGUCGUCUUCACUUAUGGAAGGUAUUAUUUUAUACCUUGAAAACUCAGGUGACUGCUUACUUAACUAUUAGAAUUAGUAAGAGUUUUUGGUUUAUAGAAGACAAAUAUGCAAGAAAUAUGCAAGCUUUUCUCUGGCAAUAUUUCUGUUAGUGAAAAAACUCACAUUCACAAUGAUAAUAAACUGCCAAAUGCUUAUGAAUACAUUUAGCAAGAAAGGCACAGAACCUAUAUUAGGAUCAUAAAAUCUUUUUUUUUUUUUUUGUGAGGAAGAUCAGCCCUGUGCUAACAUCUGCCAAUCCUCCUCUUUUUUUGCUGAGGAAGACUGGCCCUGGGCUAACAUGUGUGCCCAUCUUCCUCCACUUUAUAUGGGAUGCUGCCACAGCAUGGCUUGCCAAGCAGUGCGUCGGUGCGCGCCCGGGAUCCGAACCGGCAAAGCCCGGGCCACCGCAGCGGAGCGCGCACACUUAACCACUUGUGCCACUGGGCCAGCCCCGAUCAUAAAACCUUUUUGAAAGAAAUAACUAAGACCCUAAAAUAUGAAGAAACAUACCACUUUCCUAAAUGAAAAAACUUAAUGUUAUGAAACUGUCAGUUUCCACAUUAAUGUGUGAACAUAUUAUAGUCCAAUCUGAAUACCUGUGGUUGAUUUUUUUUCCCAAACCUGGGAUUGGAAAUAGUAACCCAUUUGAAGGAGAAGAGUUCUGAGAGUAGCCAAUACAUUUUUGAAAAAGAAUACAAGUGAGAAAAUAAACCUGAUUGCAUAAACUUCAUAGUCACCGCAGGAGGGUGUUGGUGUAUGGGGUAGAAGACCCAAUUAGUGGAAGGGAAGGGGGUCUAGAAAUGAUUCAGGAGAAUGCAAAGGUGGGAGGAUUUAUUUAGUAACCGAUGCCAUCCCUCUGGAGGCAACAAAGCUGAAACCCUCUUCCUCUCCACCAUUAGUGAACAUAAACUGCAGAAUGGUUAAAGCUCUAAAUAGGUUUAUAAUUAUAAAAUAUUAUUAAAUUCAGGAGAAUAUUUGAAUAACCUUUGAGUGGGGGUUACAAGAUAGGAGACUUAGAAGUUAGAAUGGAAAAGAAAAGCAGGUAUGAUUCGCUGUGUAGAAAUGACCACAUUUCAGAAUGACUGAGCUGCCACUAGCUGGGCCACAGCUCUGAGAGGCAUGCGUAGUCCAGGGUAGUGUCCCCAGCAGACCAGGGCUUCCUGCAGGUCUUUUAGGGGUCUCAUUAGCUGGGUAUAACGAAUAGAAAUUCAAAGAAGUGGAAAUGCAGAUGGGCAAUAAUCAUUAAAUUAUAUUCGACCCCGCUAGUAGAUAUGGAAAUAGAAAUUAAAGUGGACCAUUUUUCUCCUGUCAGAUUGGCAAAAUUCUACAACUUUUUAUAACACCCAUGCUAACAAGGAUGUGGGGAAGUGACACUCCCAUACGUUGCUCGUGGGAGUGCAAAUCGCUGUGACCUUUUCAGAAAGUUAUCUCUUGAUAUCAGUUAAAACUAAAAAUAUACCUACUCUUUUAUCCAAUAAUUUCACAUUGGGUUAUGUAUCUUUGUUGAAUAAAUGAAUCUAUCUCAAAGAAUAAAGGCAUCCAUAUUUUGGAAAUUAAGUAUAAGGAUGUCCAUAUGCAUAUAUAUCACUUUGCAACGUGCCUGUUUAUAAUCCACAAUGCAUAAGAUUCUAUGUAUUCUGCAUAUGAACUUUAAAGUAGUUUUAUCCAGUCACAAGAAACAAAAAGCCAAUAGCAGAAUUGAUCAGUAUUGCUCUAAGUAUCCAUAUGUAUAUGUGCAUAUAUAUGUAUGCAUAUAUGCUCAAAUGUUGAAGAGCUAAACAUUGAUUUCCAGAGGGAGUGUUCCCAUUCUCUAGCACUUGAACUAACCAUCCCAACAUGUAGUACUUCAAACAAGAGCGACAUUGUCUGUUCUGCUCACAAACCUGCAGUUUGGCCAGGCACAGUGGGUAGCUCCUCCCUGUCUGUAGAGUCACAGCCCGUGUCCUGUGAGGGCUCCUCAAUCACUUGUGGCGUUGGUGCUGGGAAACUCAGGCAGCCUAGUGCUGGGCUCUGCACCGCCUCUGUCCCCUCUGUCUUCUCAUGUGUUCUCAGUGUCUUGGCGCAGAGAACGAGGUGGGAGCUGUGUCGCCUUUCAUGACCAGCCUUGGAAGUCACACAGCGUCACUUCUGCCACACUGUGUCUGCCGACGGUCACUGACCCACCUGAGUUUGAGGCAGGGGUGGACUGCCUCUUUUCAGGGAGUGACAAGGGCUGGAGGAGCCAGUGGGGCUGGAAUCCCUGCUGGCCAUUUUUAUGAGACAUCUUGAAACAAAGGCUAAAAUUAAACAGAUUGUUUUGAUGAAGCACAAUGGAAGGCUUUGCUUUGUGCUGUUCUCAUAUGUCAGCAAAUUAGGACUCAAACAACACCAGAGAUUCUCUUUGAUGACCCUGCAUGCUUGUAUCCCGUUCCUUACUUACUACCCUGUCCUGAGGGCCUGUGUGGUCAGGGCCAUGGAUGUGAGAGCCUGUGGCCUGGAGAUGGAGUGUGGAGAGCCGUCCACAGGAGUAGAUCCAUCCCUACAAGCCGAGAAUAGGAUCCCGGGGCCCUCACAAACCACGACCGCAGCGCCCAAACAGCAGAAGCUGCGGCCCACCAACUCACGGGAUGAGCGUUUCCGGUCAGAUGUCCACACUGAAGCCGUGCAGGCAGCUUUGGCCAAGUACAAAGAGAGGAAGAUGCCUAUGCCUUCAAAGAGACGUUCUGUCCUCGUGCAUUCGUCUGUGGAAACCUAUACCCCUCCAGACACGUCGUCUGCCUCAGAAGAUGAGGGCUCUUUACGGCGACCCGGGCGACUUGCCUCCACUCCGCUCCAGAGCCAUUCCAACGUCGAGCCCUGGCUCGACCGGGUCAUUCAGGGCUCGUCCACCUCAUCCUCCGCAUCCUCCACCUCAUCUCACCCGGGAGGGAGACCCGCCGCCACGCUCGCAGGCCCUGCGGCCCACGCCCACAUAGCAGAUCUGCACCCUGCCCCUCCUGAUGUCACCACAGGCCUUGUGGAGCAUUCGCACUGUGAGCGUCCACAGCUGGCUUCCGUGAGAGGUGUCCCUCGGGGGUACAGCGGAAGCGUCCUGGAAACGGCAGGUGGUGUCCCUGUGAACAGCAGAGUGUCCUCCAAAAUCCAGCAGCUUCUAAACACCCUGAAGAGGCCAAAGCGCCCUCCGCUGAAAGAGUUCUUCGUGGAUGAUUUUGAGGAGUUGCUGGAAGUUCAGCAACCAGAUCCAAAUCAGCCAAAGCCUGAGGGAAGCCAGAUGGUAGUGCUGAAAGGGGAACCUCUGGCCCUGGGGACUCCCUGGCCACCAUCACUGCUGGCCGCCUUGCAGCGGUGGGGCACAAUGCAGCCCAAAGCCCCCUGUCUGACCGCCUUGGACACAACUGGGAAGGCCAUCUACACCCUCACCUAUGGCAAACUUUGGAGUCGGAGUUUAAAACUGGCUUAUACUCUACUUAAUAAACUGACUAGUAAGAAUGAACCACUACUUAAACCUGGAGACAGAGUGGCGCUGGUGUUUCCAAAUAGUGACCCUGUGAUGUUCAUGGUUGCGUUUUAUGGGUGUCUCCUGGCAGAGCUGGUUCCUGUCCCCAUAGAGGUGCCAUUAACAAGAAAGGAUGCUGGCAGCCAGCAGGUUGGGUUUCUGCUGGGCAGCUGUGGCGUCACCCUGGCCCUGACCACAGACGCUUGUCAGAAAGGCCUGCCCAAAGCACAGACCGGAGAGGUGGCGACUUUCAAAGGUUGGCCUCCCCUCGCCUGGCUGGUGAUUGACGGGAAGCAUCUGACUAAGCCCCCCAAGGACUGGCACCCGUUGGCCCAGGAUGUGGGGGCUGGGACCGCCUACAUCGAGUAUAAAACCAGCAAAGAAGGCAGCACAGUGGGGGUCACGGUGUCCCACGCGUCCCUGCUGGCGCAAUGCCGGGCUCUGACCCAGGCGUGCGGCUACUCGGAAGCUGAAACAUUAACAAACGUGCUGGAUUUCAAAAGGGAUGCUGGUCUUUGGCAUGGCGUGUUAACAAGCGUCAUGAACAGGAUGCACGUGAUCAGCAUCCCAUAUGCGCUGAUGAAGGUGAAUCCCCUCUCCUGGAUUCAGAAAGUGUGUUCCUAUAAAGCCCGUGCCGCGCUGGUGAAGUCCCGAGACAUGCACUGGUCUCUCCUAGCUCAGCGAGGUCAGAGGGAUGUCAGCCUCAGCUCGCUGCGCAUGCUGAUCGUGGCCGACGGCGCUAACCCGUGGUCCAUAUCCUCCUGUGAUGCGUUCCUCAACGUCUUCCAGUCCAGAGGUCUGAGGCCAGAGGUCAUCUGUCCUUGUGCCAGUUCUCCUGAGGCGCUGACGGUUGCCAUCCGCAGGCCACCUGACCUGGGAGGACCUCCUCCAAGAAAAGCUGUGCUGUCCAUGAAUGGUCUCAGUUAUGGUGUGAUCAGAGUUGAUACUGAAGAAAAGCUGUCCGUCCUUACUGUUCAGGAUGUUGGUCAGGUGAUGCCUGGAGCUAAUGUAUGUGUUGUGAAGGUAGAAGGUACUCCUUAUCUUUGUAAAACUGAUGAAGUUGGAGAAAUAUGUGUGAAUUCCAGCGCAACUGGUACAGCAUACUAUGGACUGCUUGGAAUCACAAAGAAUGUCUUUGAGACUGUCCCGGUUACUGCAGGAGGAGUGCCUGCCUCUGAUAGGCCUUUCACCAGGACAGGGUUGCUGGGCUUCAUUGGGCCUGAUAACCUGGUCUUCGUUGUGGGCAAGCUGGACGGGCUGAUGGUGGUCGGAGUUCGCAGACACAAUGCGGACGACAUCGUGGCCACUGCGCUGGCCGUGGAGCCCAUGAAGUUUGUCUACAGAGGCAGGAUCGCGGUGUUCUCUGUGACGGUGCUGCAUGACGACCGGAUUGUCCUCGUGGCAGAGCAGCGGCCCGACGCCUCCGAGGAGGACAGCUUCCAGUGGAUGAGCCGAGUGCUGCAGGCCAUCGACAGCAUCCACCAGGUGGGCGUGUACUGUCUGGCCCUGGUUCCUGCCAACACCUUGCCCAAGGCUCCUCUCGGAGGGAUUCACAUUUCUGAAACCAAGCAGCGCUUUCUGGAGGGGAUGCUGCACCCGUGUAAUGUGCUAAUGUGCCCUCACACCUGUGUUACCAACCUUCCCAAACCGCGCCAGAAACAACCAGAGGUUGGACCAGCCUCCAUGAUUGUUGGCAAUCUGGUUGCUGGGAAGAGAAUCGCACAGGCCUCAGGGAGGGAGCUGGCUCACCUGGAGGACAGCGACCAGGCGAGGAAGUUCCUGUUCCUGCCAGACGUGCUGCAGUGGCGGGCCCACACCACUCCCGACCACCCGCUGUUUCUGCUGCUCAACGCCAAGGGGACGGUCACGAGCACAGCAACCUGUGUCCAGCUGCACAAAAAGGCAGAGAGGGUAGCCGCUGCCCUGAUGGAGAAGGCAAGAGUGAAUGCUGGGGACCAUGUGGCUUUGGUCUAUCCCCCAGGGGUCGACCUCAUCGCCGCCUUCUACGGCUGCCUGUACUCUGGCUGUGUGCCCGUCACCGUCCGGCCCCCGCACCCCCAGAACCUCGCCACCACUCUUCCCACCGUCAAGAUGAUCGUGGAGGUCAGCAAGUCUGCGUGCGUCCUCACCACGCAGGCGAUCAUGCGGCUGCUCAAGUCCAAGGAAGCAGCGGCCGCCGUGGACGUCAGAACCUGGCCGCCCAUUCUGGAUACAGCAGAUGACAUACCGAAGAAGAAGAUAGCCAGCAUUUUCAGGCCCCCCUCCCCAGAUGUGCUCGCAUAUUUGGACUUCAGCGUGUCGACUACCGGAAUACUAGCCGGCGUGAAGAUGUCACAUGCAGCCACAAGUGCCUUGUGCCGGUCCAUAAAGCUGCAGUGUGAGCUGUAUCCCUCAAGGCAGAUUGCCAUCUGCCUUGACCCCUACUGUGGCCUCGGCUUUGCCCUGUGGUGUCUGUGCAGCGUCUACUCUGGACACCAGUCUGUGCUGGUGCCCCCGCUGGAGCUGGAGAGCAACGUGUCCCUGUGGCUGUCGGCCGUCAGCCAGUACAAGGCCCGCGUCACCUUCUGCUCCUACUCAGUGAUGGAGAUGUGCACCAAGGGCCUAGGCGCGCAGACCGGUGUCCUCAGAAUGAAGGGGGUGAACCUGUCGUGCGUGCGGACGUGCAUGGUGGUGGCCGAGGAGCGGCCCCGGAUCGCGCUGACGCAGUCCUUCUCCAAGCUGUUCAAGGACCUGGGCCUGCCUGCGCGCGCCGUGAGCACCACGUUCGGGUGCAGGGUCAACGUGGCCAUCUGCCUCCAGGGCACAGCCGGCCCGGACCCCACAACUGUCUACGUGGACAUGAGAGCGCUGCGCCACGACAGGGUACGUUUGGUAGAACGGGGCUCUCCGCACAGUCUGCCAUUGACGGAGUCUGGAAAGAUCCUCCCUGGGGUGAAGGUCAUCAUCGCGCACACCGAGACCAAAGGGCCCCUUGGAGACUCACACCUGGGAGAGAUCUGGGUGAGCAGUCCCCACAACGCCACCGGGUACUAUACAGUCUACGGGGAGGAGUCGCUUCACGCCGACCACUUCAGUGCCCGGCUGAGUUUUGGAGACACUCAGACUGUUUGGGCAAGGACUGGCUACCUCGGCUUCCUCAGAAGAACAGAGCUCACGGAUGCCAGUGGAGAGCGACACGACGCACUGUAUGUUGUGGGGUCUCUGGAUGAAACGCUCGAACUGAGGGGCAUGCGGUACCAUCCCAUCGACAUCGAGACCUCCGUGAUCCGAGCACACAGGAGCAUUGCCGAGUGCGCUGUGUUCACCUGGACCAACCUGCUGGUGGUGGUGGUGGAGCUGGACGGGCUGGAGCAGGACGCACUGGACCUGGUGGCCCUGGUGACGAAUGUGGUGCUGGAGGAACAUCACCUGGUCGUGGGCGUGGUGGUCAUCGUGGACCCAGGUGUGAUCCCCAUCAACUCUCGGGGCGAGAAGCAGCGCAUGCAUCUGCGUGAUGGCUUCCUGGCCGACCAGCUGGACCCCAUCUACGUGGCCUACAACAUGUGAGCACAGUUCACCAGCCCCCUGUCCCGAGAUGGCCGUGAUCCAGGCUUCCCAGCGCUGGAACCCACUGAGGGUGCCGGAACGUGUGAAAACACUGCAGGUCUGCGCCACUGGGAGAGAGGACUCCAGUCUCACAGAGCACUGUGCCCCGUCCUCUGCUUUUCCAGAUCCAUCUCAAGGUUGUCCAAAUCUCAUUUUAGAAACACUUCUUGAAUUAUUUGAAGAAAGCUUUUAAUCUUCAAGGACAUUUAUAAAAAAACAAAUGUCAGUGUUUUACAGGUGGGGUGACUGGGAAAAGGAAGGCCUGGCACGGGCAUCACAAGGAAUUGCAGGCACAUAGUUGCUCUCUGCCGUAUUGCGAGUUAGCACUUUUUUGGCUAAAAAUAUAGUUCUUGAUUUUAAAAAUUCAAUUAUUUAUUCCCACUUCAAAUGACAAGUUCACAUAUAGAAUUUACCCCAGAAGGAACGUGAGGCCCCAGUACAGCUGCUUCACUUCCGUUUCACAGGAAGGAGCAGGGCCCAGAAUAGCGGGUGGAAAGGGGCGCGUCCCAGCCUGCCUUUCCUGCUCAGACCCCACACCAGGCGCUUCCUCUCUGUCAGUUCUUUUAUUGAAACAGGCGUGCCCCACUGUCUUCCUAUGUUGUCAGUAAUACUCAGUAAGUGCCAUUGGGGCUGUCAAGUUAGAUGCUCUGUUUUAGAAAGAUAAACCAGCAUUUAGUUUUAAACCUCUUUCCUAGGUUUGUAACUUUAUGCUGUUCAGUUGAAGUGCUUGUUUUUAUAACACCACAAUAUAAAUUCUUUUCAAUACAUGGAAAUGUACUGAAUUAUUUUUAUUCCAAGUCAGUGGAUUUGGAAGCAUUGGUGGCAGCAUCUGAGGUUUCACGUCCUCAGUGCUGUUUGCUGAGCACCUGUGGUGCAGUCGAGGAGCCGUGGGGAGAGCCUUGCCCCACGACGGCUUUCACAUUUUGAGUUGUGUGCUUAUAAAAUUUGGCCAAACCAUAUUCAAUUAUUUUAUUCAAACUUGACUAAACCUGGUCAUCUAAUAUGGUAAACCUAAAUCAAAGAAGAGAAUGUAAAAUCCUUUAGAUACUUCUAAGAAUUUGAAGUGAAGCUCAAAUCUAAGACAUAGAUUAUUUUUAUAUAGCUAAUAAAGAGUGUGUUAUGAAGUUGUUGGGUUUUGGUGGGAUUGAGGGUGGAAAGUUUAUGAAUCAUGCAUGCUUCAUAGAAACAACCAGGUUUUUCGGGAAUUAGCCUGGAUCAGUGCCUAACAAAGCUGUUAAUUCUCCACCAUUUUAAAUUCUCCACCAAAUGGGUCUGGCUAACUGGGCCGACUCUCACAUCUUACUCUUAUUUGGCUACAAAUAGCACAUGCAUAGUAGCUCUGUUGGCCUGUGGUGAUGGACUGUGGUGUGGUGUGUUACAACAUACUGGAAUUCUAAUAAUCCUACUGUAAUUAUGUACAUAGUCUGUGUAAUUUAUUGUUUGACAUACAGAAGUUCCAGCAGUGGACUAAUGGACAUUCCUUAUAAUAGAAUGACCAGCAGGGGAAAGAACUACCUAACCCUAAUCUUAAUAUUGUAGUUUUAUAGCAAAUAAAUAUUGUAAAAUCUUUGUAUUGAAAGGUCAGUGGCAGUAAGACAAGGUGUCUUGUAAAUUAAGAUUUUAAGAAGUGCAUUAAAAUAUUUUAAAGUUACUCUCUGGGAAUUCUGUAUAUCACACUAAAAUUGUUUUAUAUCAUUAUGUUAAUAAAAGUUAUUGACUAUU